AUGGAUACAGGGUUGGAGCAGCUCUGUCUGUUCCUUCAAACGGUGCCGGGUCCACAGUGUCGCUGUGCUGUCGGCAGUAUUCUGAACGAGGGAGAAAACAAGGCAGACGAGGAACUUUUAAAGAGCUAUGAGACGUCCGGCUUUAAAGUCUUUUCCUUUCCAGAAGUCACACACGUGGUCACUACCUCGUUCCCCCACAGGACGUUUUUCUCUGUGCUUCUGGGAAUAAGAAGAGUUUACCCGCAGCUCCAGCACUACAUCAAGGAAAGGAGGCUGUGUGCUCACCCAUUCCUCGAGAUCUACAGAGAGGGGCUGAUCCAGUUCAUGGUCCCCUUGGCCCGCCAGGGAGAUUUCUACGUGCCUGAAGUCCGACCGGCAGAAAGGAGGCUGUUGGAACAAGAGGAACUAAACAGUGACUCCGAAGUCUCAGGUGCAGACUCAAACAGUGACUGCAGCUCAGGGAGUGGGGUUCUCCUGUCGGACAGCAGAGAGACGUCCUUGGCGGGGUCCUCUGUCCGCUCAGUGGUUCUCCAGGAUCAAGGGGAUAGAAGAAAGCACAGAGGGAGAAGCUCCAGGGGAGCCUCGUUUGAAGAGCUGGACCGAGAGCCGACUGGUGGACGGCGGGCCGAGAGAGGCGAGCGGCUUCCUAGAGACUCCAACAAGAAGAGCCCGCCGGCUCAGCAGUGGUGGGGUGCUGUUGGAGGAGAGGAGUAAAAGUUCAGUGAGACCCAUUGGUUGGAAGAAAAAAAAAGAGAUUAAAGGAUUGGAAUUGAGAAUAUUGAGAAAUUCAAAUUAUAAAAGUUAGUUUCAGGAUGGAUUCAUGUCCAAAUGGGGAAGAAUUAAAGGCGACUGUGGGUCACUGGUUAGCAGGUCGGCGGUUCGAUCCCCGAUCACGGCCCUGGUCGAUGUGGCCUUGAGCAAAAGACACUUUACCCUGAAUGUGUCCCUGUAGCUGCGUCUACGGCGUAUGAUUGUAGGUCGCUUUGUAGAAAAGCGUCGGCUAAAUGAAAUGAAGGUGACGUAUUCUAUAUUCCAUGGUAUUGUGAACAAUGUCAAUGAAAAGACCAAAACUAGCGCUGUGUUUCGCAAUACUUUCAGAUUUCCCUGCCAAAAGAGCACAUUCUACCGUAUAGAAGAAUGUUUUAAAAAUCGCUCAUGAAUAAGCUGUCAUUAUUAAACUGUUUUUAAAAAGUUUCCUCAAAACAGCUGAUCACUAUAGUUUUUAGAGUAAAUAGUGGAUUAAUCCGCAUUUAGUGUUUUAGUAUGCAGCAUGACGGUGUAUGCAGGACCAACCCCAAAUAAACUGGUGCAUUGUAAAGAAGGAACAGGAAUGAAUUGAAUAAUAUCACCAGAUUUAUUCCACACUCUUUUAAUUGCCUUUUUAAAGUGAAAGUAUUAAAAUGCGAGAUUUUGCUGAAAGAAAACAAACUGCUCUAAAUCUGCAGAACUUAUUCAGGUAACCUGAGUUCCUUGAAACAUUUUUACAGAAGUAAUGAUUGUCAAAAAGAUGAAAACAAGAUGACUGAACUGAGUAUGUUUUAAAAAAAAGAAGCAUUUCAAGUAAAAUGCUUCUUUUUUUAAAAACAUACUCAGUAUUACGCGUAUUACUAACAACUUUUGUUCAAGGAUUGUUCGACAAACAUAGAUGAAAUUCUGUUUUUAGUUUUUUACUUGUUACAUUACUAAUUGCCUUAGUUUCAUUCAUCAAGGCAUUGUAAUUACUAUAAGCACAUAGACUUCACAAAAUGAGCUGUCCUGUUUUUUUGUUUAAAUCGUGUGUUUGACUGAAUAUUUGUGUGCUUUGUAAGAAGUGUUUUGGGUAUUUUCACAAGGCGGUGAGUUGACACAGCUCUGUUGCUAAUGCGCAUAUUUUGAUAUAAAAUGCAUUUAAUUUCCAAAGAGGAACAUAUGAAUGAAUGCAUAAUAACCUCCUUUGUGUCAAAUUGUCUUCACACAUCCAUUCCCAGCGUCUUUAUUUUCGGUGCAGCCGUCAUAUUGUUAUUUGACUUUCUCAGCCUUUCUCUCAUCUGCUGUCUCGUUGCACAGACUAAUUACCGGCUGCAACGGCGACGCUGGUAUAGUUUUUACCUUGUGUUUGUGUGUGUGUGUCAUCAUGACACAAUGUGGUCCUGGAGACGCCAACUGCAGAGGAACUGCCACAGAGGCCUUUGCCAGGUGUUUAUGUAGUAGAUUCAAAUGUGUUGAGGCCGAAUAUAAAGAUGGGUAUGAUCCAAGAAAGGCGGCAGGAAGCGGGGAAAAGGCCUUUCACGUCAUGCCGCUGGCCCGAUUUGGCAUUUUGGUUCGUGUGUGAUUCCAUUGCAGGACGGCCUCUAGUUUCUGUUUGUUUUUCUCUUCAUUAUUUUCUCUCUUUCUCUAUGAAACAAAUAUGGCAGCUGCAGCCUGAAAGACCACCUAAUGACCCACACACAUAUAUCCUAUAUUUUCCUACGAGCAAAAGGUCGCACCGAGCUUGUCGCAGAGAGCAGCGCUCACUUGGAGGGAGCAGGCAGCUCAAAGGGAUGUGCAUGUGAUCAAAUGUGAGGUAAAUAGCUGUUGCAUAUUCUCUACUAAACUGUUUCCAUUUAAGAUUCUACAGAUUUUCACUUGGACAGAGAUGACGGUUACAUGGUGACAAAGGCUUCUGCCACCUUACUGUUGUGUGCUUGAUAUAACUCACCACACAAGGCUUUCCUUUACUUUGAGUAUUUUAUUCAGUCAAUUAUUGCAAUACAAUUCUAUAUAAUAUACAAAACAGAAAGACUGAAAAGGUAUAGGUAGAAGCAAAAAAUGCUUAUACAUUCCUAUCCUAAAUUAUUAUAAUCAAAUAAAUCUGAACAUUUAUAAUAAAUUUGUAAAAUUUAUAAAUAAAUCAGAACAUUAAUAUCAUCCUAAAACGGCUUCACAAUCGGACUGUUUAAGCCGAGAGAAACCCUGCAGAAGAGGGUUUUUAUCUCAACUAAAGCUCUUGUAAAGCGGUGCUAUUCAGUUUUAAGUAAUGAUUGACAUUAAAUAUAUAAUAGUCAGAUUAAGUCUCUGAGGAAAAUGAUAUUCCAAUAAUGGAGAUAUUUUGCUCCAUGACUGCUUAUUUGUGUAUUUCUUGACAAUCCCUUGGUAAACUACUGUUGCAUAUUCUUAUUCCACAUGGAAAUGUGAAAAAAGCCUGUUAUUGCAUCAUUCAUUCAUUACUUUACUCUGAUUGGACUUGCAGCAGAUACUUAAUUGUCUGAAUGCUGAGCUGUUACCUGACUAAUGUUCUUCAAAGAUGAUCUAUAGUGGGUGUUUACAUUUGUAAUCUAAAUGCUGAUAGCUCUAAAGAGGGUUGAAUCACCAGAGAAUAAAGUUAAACAGGAUGAAUGUGCUUACGUCGUAGAGUGAGGCUCUGAGAUGCUGCCUGUUUGUAUAAUUAAAGCACCUUUCUGAGCAGUG